CCUGCACAGGCUGGUACUUCUGCCUUACACGCAAGAGCCGACACUCGCGCGCGCACACACACACACACACACACGAUCGCUCUCGCUCACUGAACUUCUCCCGGCCGCGAACUCUACCAUCCUGAACCUUCCUGGUAUAAUCCUCUGUGCUAGAAGGGUCGGGUGGCUGGCGUUAUAUAAUACGGAAGAAAAUAUUCCAUCAAAUACUGCUCAUGGAGCAGCGUAAAUGGGCGUGUUAAAGAAAGUUGUAAAGAAUCUGGUGUUGUGUCACACAGGGAUGCUAGUGAAGUUCGUAGUCUGGAAACGAUCUCCUGGAAGGGAUCGAUGAGUGGUGAGAAUUAUGAAGAAGUGAAGGUCAUUACAAUUCUCUUGACUCGUCUCAUGAAGCAUUUGUGACCUCUGAAGCGGUUCUAACACCUUAAGUAAGAUAGAGUAAACGCCAACAGUGUUGAAGAAUUAAAGUCACGACACCGUGCCUGGAACAAAAAAAAAAAUAAUAACCCGCACUUACGAAAGGAAACGAAUGACGUGUCGGUCUAGCCUGGACCAUUGUCGCAAGUGACAAAAGUGUUACUAAAAAAAUAUAUUACCUAUCUUUUAUUGACCCAAUCAUGAUAAACCAACAACAGAAGUCUCCACAAACCUGGUGACAAAGUGAAAGAGUCGAUUAUUCUUUUAUCUUGUCGUGAGAGUGAAAUGCGUACCUCAGGAAGUGACUGAUUCCAGUGAGACUUGGGGAAAAGUUUGGUGGUGUGUGGGCGUGAUGCAUGGUCUCACAGCUCCAAAACAACUCAUCCAUCCCGCUCCUUCAACUCACGUAAUCCCCAAACGCCAGAAAACUUUCUUCGUUGCAAAUUACUGAAAAAAGUGAUACGUAUCGAACUCCCAGACAAUCCUUAGGCAGAAAAAAAAUUGACUGUAUUAUUACGCUAUAAUUAUUAUAUAUAAGUAAAAGACCAGGAGAGUUGGAGGUUCGUUCCUCCAGCUAAUAAUAGGGAGAAAAGACUCAGCAGUCAGUUUUUAAGCCGAAAAUUUUCGAUUACUAGAGUCCUCCAGAGACGGUGGAACAUGUCAGCCAGCUGGCUACAUCGUCAGUGGGGUCUGCUGGUGUUACUGCUGCUGCUGGCUCUGCUGGAGGGCCUACACUCAGCAGGGGCUGAGGCAGAAUCAACUGAGGGCUGGUGGCUGGGACGACCUCGCCCUUACUUCGCUGACUCUCCCACCAAUUUCACCAUCAUCUCUGGUCAGACUGCUUAUCUUCCCUGCAGAGUCCACAUGCUGGGGGACAGAUCCGUGACGUGGAUGAGGGGUCGGGAUCUGCACAUCCUCACCGUCGGCCUAGUCACCUACUCAGCCGACGAGAGAUUUCAGGUGCUACACACUCCCGAGACAGAUGACUGGACGCUCCAGGUGCAGUACUCACAGCCUCGGGACUCUGGAAACUAUAAGUGUCAGGUCAACUCUGACCCAAAAAUCGUCAGAAAUGUGUUCCUCACCGUUACAGAUGGCAAUGUUUACAAGUCACCUCCACAUUCGACUGAAGAAGGAGAGUACGGGACCCACAUCGUGGGCGGGGGAGCGAGGUUCCUACAGGCUGGAUCUUCCCUCUCUCUAGAGUGUGUUGUUACUCACACCCGCGCACCGCCCACGGCUGUUCUCUGGUACCACGACCACAGUGUCCUGGACUACGACUCUCCAAGAGGUGGCAUUUCCCUUCAGGUGGAGAAGUCAGGGGAGCAGACCACAUCUCGGCUGCUUCUCUCAGCAGUAAAGGAAUCAGAUUCUGGUAACUACACCUGCGUCCCCGUCAACGCUCCCACAGCAUCUGUGUCCGUCCAUGUCAACAACGAUGAGCUGAGGGCGGCGGUGUACCAGGGCGGCAUCAGUCUGGCCGCCCUCUGCCACCCUGGUGUAGGCGGUAGCGCUCUUCCAAUCGUGGUAGCAGUUGCUGUGGUUCUCCGUGGCUGGCUUAUGGACCUACUUUCUUAGCAUCCAAGCUCUGUUGAAGAUGAAAUGAUGCCGAGGCAGACAUGUCGACCUGCAUGUUUGGACCCAAUAAUCCUGGAAGCCGAUGAGUCAUGCACACUGUGAAGCACUUCUCACCAUAUGUCCCUGAGCCUGGUUACUGGUCAUGAAGGCUGGUUUCCUAAUAGGCUCCUUGAAGCCUGCUCAACUUACAAGUCAUCUUCCAGGUUCCAGAGUCAAGCCACGGUCACUUUCACGUCUUGUUAUAAGUCACGAAAGCAGAUAAUCUCUCCUCUCGUGAAAGCAGUUAGUGGCACCGGUUCUGAUCUCAUUUCCACGGUCCCAAAUCUGGUUAAACAUAAAAACAUAAGAAAAGAGGAUCACUGCAGCAGGCCUGUUGGCCCAUACUAAGCAGGUCCUUUACAAUCCAUCCCACUAAAAAAGCAUUUGUCAAACCCAAUCUUCAAUGCUACCCAAGAAAUAAGCUCUGAUAACUCUAUCCACUCAUUUGCAAGUCCCACUCAAAUCCAACCCCUCUCACUCAUAUAUUUAUCCAACCUAAAUUGAAACUACCAAAAGUCCUAGCCUCAAUAACCCAACUAGUUUGCUUCACAAGAUCCUGAAUCUUGGUCAUCGCUUGUGAACCAUGUCAACUCUCGGAAAUAUGACCAUGUCUGCAUGCUCAUGGUCAUGUUACAGGCUUUAGAAGCAGCUCAGCCUACAUGAAGCCAUGUCCAUCGGCGUGUCACGAAGUUACGAAGACAUGUCACUCUACAUGACAUAAAGAAAAGGUCAUAGGUCCUAUGGAUAAAGUCAAAAAGCACUCAGCUUGAUCAUAAGUUCCUGAAGCCAGUUCGAAGAACUUUAUCUUGACAGCUCCAGAUCUGUCACUUUAAGUCGUGGCAACAAGCAUUUCGAAUAGGUUCAGCUGUCUUGACAAUAUUGACAAAUCUGACCUGGAAUGAUCUAUACCCAUGUAUUAAUGAGAAUAGACUUCUUAGUCCCAUCAUGCGGGACUCUGUAACCAAAUGACCAGACUGGAUUUCAACGUUUGAAACAGAAAGAGUAGGUAUUGGAAUGAGAUACCGACAUAAAUAUAUUUAUAUGGGACCUUUGUUGACGACGUUUCGCCCACCUGUGUGACAUACUAACAACGAGAAAAAUGGUGAGCGAGUUCUGAAAAAUGAAGACAGAUCAGGACCAUCUGUCUGUUACUAUGAGUAACAGACAGAUGGGGUCACCACAGGUGGUGUCU